AUGCCUUCUCAAGCUGCACUCGUCAUCGGAGACAUCAUCCACGCGCGCAAGGAGCUGGAGAGCCUCUCUUCAAUCCUCACUCUGAAGGUGAGAUCCGAGUUCCCUAGUGGCACCCGCGAGGAGUUCAUCGCAAAUUGCAAGGCGGGCCAAUACGACGACGUUGUCGCAAUUUAUCGGUCCAAUACUUCUAAUAAGUAUACCGGUCCCUUUGACGCUGAGAUGCUCGCCGUCCUACCCCAAUCAUUGAAGUAUAUCUGCCACAACGGAGCUGGAUACGACAAUAUCGAUAUUGCGGCUUGCACGCAGAGGAAUAUUGCUGUAUCCAGCACUCCCGUCGCAGUCAACAAUGCUACCGCCGAUGUGGGGAUCUUCUUGAUGAUCGGCGCUUUACGCCAGGCCUAUGUCCCCAUUGCGGCUCUGCGCGCCGGUCAUUGGCAAGGUCAGACUACUCUGGGCAACGACCCUCAGGGCAAGGUCCUCGGUAUCUUGGGCAUGGGCGGCAUCGGACGAGAAAUGGCUACUCGGGCCAAGGCCUUUGGCAUGAAGAUCCAGUAUCACAAUCGCUCCCGCCUACCCGCCGAGCUGGAGGCCGGGGCGACUUACGUCUCCUUUGAUGAGCUUUUAGCCAACUCCGAUGUGUUCAGUUUGAACCUUGCGCUUAAUGCUUCUACACGGCACAUCAUUGGAGCCACUGAGUUUGGCAAGAUGAAGGACGGUGUAGUCAUUGUUAACACGGCGCGUGGAGCCUUAAUCGACGAGAAGGCGCUGGUCGCAGCACUCGAUUCUGGAAAGGUGCGCUCUGCUGGUCUGGAUGUAUACGAGGAAGAACCCAAGAUUGAACCCGGUUUGAUUAACAACCCCCGAGUCAUGCUGCUGCCCCAUAUUGGCACUGCGACCUUCGAGACUCAAAAGGAGAUGGAGAUAUUGGUGUUGGAUAACUUGAAGUUGGCGAUUGAGAAGGCGUUAGCGGUCGAAGACGAAAAGCGACAACAUCAACCCGACACCGAGGACCAUCGACUUCCCCUCGUCAACUCCUUCAAGAUGGUCCGUUACGCCGCCCAGGAGAUUUCGAACGCUAAGAGCGCCCGCGCGCGGGGCUCUUACCUUCGCGUCAGCUUCAAGAACACCCGUGAGACCGCUCAGGCCAUCAACGGUAUGAAGCUGCAGAAGGCUCUGACCUACCUCGACAACGUCACCAAGAAGUCCAUGGCUGUCCCCAUGCGCCGCUACGCCGGCUCUACCGGUCGCACUGCCCAGGGCAAGCAGUUCGGUGUCUCCAAGGCUCGCUGGCCCGUCAAGUCCGCCGAGUACCUCCUCGACCUCCUCAAGAACGCUGAGGCCAACGCCGACACCAAGGGUCUCGACACCUCCAACCUGGUUGUCCAGCGCAUCCAGGUCAACCAGGCUCCCAAGGGCCGCCGCCGCACUUACCGUGCCCACGGUCGUAUCAACCCCUACAUGACCAACCCCUGCCACAUCGAGCUUAUCCUCACCGAGGCCAACGAGGAGGUUGCCAAGGCUCCCGCCAAGACCAAGGCUGGUCUCACUUCCCGCCAGCGCGGUGCUGAGCUCCGCCGUGCUAUCCAGGCAUAA